AUGGCUCUCUAUUCAUUCUGGAUUUUCGAUAGACAUUGCAAUUGCAUUUUUGAUCGAGAAUGGACGCUAAAAACUAAUCCUUCAAGUGGUACAACGAAUUCCAAGCUCAAUGAAGAUACCGCAAAGCUUUUAUAUGGUAUGGUAUUCUCGCUGCGAUCAAUUUCGCAAAAAUUGGGCAGUAAAGACAGUUUUAAUGAAAUCAAGACAAUUGCCACGGCCAAGUAUAGAGCUCACAUCUUAUGCACAGCUUCAGGAUUGUGGUUCAUACUUCUCAGUGACCUGAAACAGGAAGAUCUUUCGCAAGUACUGCGAUACCUAUACAGUGAGAUCUACGUGAAAACGGUGGUUUACAAUUGGCUGUCACCUGUAGACUUCGCAGAAUCUGCAAAUGAAAAAAGAGGUCAAGGUUUCCGAAAAAUUCGCAAUCGCCAGUUCCUGCUAGCUGUAGAACAAUUUUUGGGGCCAAUGGUCAAUUAG